AUGAUAAAUAUAUAAUCAAUAAAUACAAGUGAGGAAUCAAAUCCAUUGAGUAGAUCAAGAAACUCUAAAAAUGAUAGUUCUUCUUCAAUAAAUUAGAGUUUACCCAGUAACUCGAAAAGUGAGAAUGAUUUGGAAAUAAGGAAAUUAACUUGGGAUCAAUUUCAAGGAGUUCCUCCUGAAGAUGACCCAGCUUUGGCUCAUACGAGAUGGAAGAUUGGAUAUAAUUAUUAAGUGCAUCAUGAAACUGAUAAGAUUUAAGUGAUUGCAGAGGUUUGGUGUAAGGUUGACCCUUCUUCCUGGACAAGGGAGAAAAUUGAUGAACUUUUGCAUCAUUAAUAAGGGCACUUUUAUAUAGGAAUGAUUUGCGCUUUGGAGUUCAAGAAGAGAGUGUAAGAAUUCUCCUUUAGCAAAGACUAUAAGCAAGAGAUUUCAGAAAUUUUUAAUAGGACAUUGUAAGAAUAUUUAGACCUGGAAAGCAAGUACAAUAUUGAGACGUUGAAUAUGUUGAAUACUGCUAAACAACGACAAUGGGAUAUAAAGAUAAUGAAAUAAUUGAAUUCACUAUCAAAAUAUACAUGA